GGCUUUUAAAACUAUGCAGAAGCUUCAGAUACAUUCCCAGUAUCAUGCAAUUCGGGCCGCCACAAUGUGUAACCUCUGCCAGCGGAGUUUCCGUACAUUCCAGGCUUUGAAGAAACACUUGGAAGCGGGCCACCCGGAACUGAGCGAAGCUGAACUCCAGCAGCUGUAUGCCUCCUUGCCAAUGAACGGUGAGCUCUGGGCCGAGAGUGAAAUGAUGCCCCAGGAUGACCAUGGCCUAGAUCAGGAAAUGGAGAGAGAGUAUGAAGUGGACCACGAAGGGAAGGCAAGUCCUGUAGGAAGUGACAGUAGCUCUAUUCCAGAUGACCUGGGCUCUGAGCCAAAGCGGACCUUACCUUUUAGAAAAGGACCCAAUUUUACCAUGGAAAAAUUCCUCGAUCCAUCGCGUCCUUACAAAUGUACAGUGUGUAAAGAGUCAUUCACCCAAAAGAACAUUCUCUUGGUCCAUUAUAACUCGGUGUCUCACUUGCAUAAAUUGAAAAAGGUUCUGCAAGAAGCCUCCAGUCCUGUCCCCCAGGAAACCAACAGCAGCACAGAUAACAAGCCGUACAAGUGCAGCAUCUGCAGUGUUGCGUACAGCCAAAGCUCGACCUUAGAGAUCCACAUGAGGUCCGUGCUCCACCAGACCAAGGCUAGGGCUGCAAAGCUGGAGCCAAGUGGGCACCUAACUGGUGGGCACAGCAUCACAGCCAAUGUGAACAGCCCUGGCCAAGGGAUGUUAGAUUCCAUGAGCUUAGCUUCAGUCAACAGCAAAGAUACCCACUUAGAUGCCAAAGAAUUAAAUAAGAAGCAAACUCCCGAACUAAUCUCUGCUCCGCCUACCCAUCAUCCACCACCGCGGUCACCAGCACAAAUUCAGAUGCAACUUCAGCACGAGUUGCAGCAGCAGGCUGCGUUCUUCCAGCCACAGUUCCUAAACCCAGCUUUCUUGCCUCAUUUCCCAAUGACCCCAGAGGCACUGCUCCAGUUUCAGCAACCCCAGUUUCUCUUUCCAUUCUACAUACCUGGGGCAGAGUUUAGCUUGGGGCCAGAUCUGGGAUUGCCUAGCUCCGCCACGUUUGGGAUGCCAGGUAUGACAGGAAUGGCUGGUUCCUUGCUCGAAGAUCUGAAGCAACAGAUUCAAACGCAUCACGUUGGCCAAACGCAACUUCAACUUCUACAACAACAAGCACAGCAAUACCAGCCUGCACAGCCCCAGCUGCCGCCGCAAAAUCAACAGCCGCCCCCACCACAGCAGCUGCCGCCGCAACAGCAAACGAGCAAACUGUUGAAACAAGAGCAAGGUAGCCUGGCAAGCACAGACUGCCAGCUCAUGAAGGACAUGCCAGCUUACAAGGAGGUGGAAGAGGUGACCGAAAAGCAAGAAAAACCAAAGCCAGAAUUUACAAGUGAUAGCGACGGACUCAAAGACAGCAAAGACGCAAAGAAGCAAAAAUCCUUAGAACCCUGUAUUCCUCCACCCCGAAUUGCCUCAGGGGCCAGAGGAAAUGCAGCCAAAGCUUUACUGGAGAACUUCGGGUUCGAAUUGGUUAUUCAGUAUAAUGAGAACAGGCAGAAGGUCCAGAAGAAGGGCAAAAUUGGAGAAGGCGAAAACUCUGACAAGCUGGAGUGCGGAACGUGUGGUAAAUUGUUCUCGAAUGUUCUUAUUUUAAAGAGUCACCAAGAACAUGUGCAUGGGCAAUUUUUCCCAUAUGGAGCACUAGAGAAAUUUGCUCGCCAAUACAGGGAGGCCUAUGACAAGCUUUAUCCAAUUUCUCCUUCCUCCCCAGAAACGCCACCACCUCCUCCUCCUCCACCUCCUCCCAUGCCACCCGCACCCCCACAGCCUUCAACUCUGGUGCCCGUGAAAAUCCCAAAUGCAGUCUCAGCCCCUCUGCAAGCUCCACCACCUACUCCUCCACCACCUCCACCUCCUCCUCCUCCACCGCCUCCUCCGCCUCCUCCCCCGACUGCACCCCCACAGGUCCAACUGCCUGUUUCUCUUGAUCUCCCCCUCUUUCCCUCGAUUAUGAUGCAGCCGGUUCAGCACCCUGCACUUCCCCCUCAGCUCGCCCUGCAGCUGCCACAGAUGGAGACCCUCUCUGCAGAUCUCACUCAGCUUUGCCAACAGCAGCUAGGGCUCGAUCCCAGCUUCUUAAGGCACUCCCAAUUCAAACGGCCAAGGACCCGGAUUACGGAUGAUCAACUCAAAAUCCUGAGAGCUUAUUUUGACAUCAAUAAUUCUCCAAGUGAAGAACAAAUCCAAGAAAUGGCAGAGAAAUCUGGCCUCUCCCAAAAGGUCAUAAAGCACUGGUUUCGCAAUACACUCUUUAAAGAGAGACAGAGAAAUAAGGACUCUCCAUACAACUUCAGUAACCCUCCUAUAACUGUUUUAGAAGAUAUCAGAAUUGAACCACAACCCACGUCUUUGGAACAUUACAAAUCAGAUGCCUCAUUCAGCAAAAGAUCAUCCAGAACAAGGUUUACAGACUACCAGCUUAGGGUUCUGCAAGACUUUUUUGACACAAAUGCUUACCCAAAAGAUGAUGAAAUAGAACAGCUAUCUACUGUUCUCAACCUCCCCACCCGGGUUAUUGUUGUAUGGUUCCAGAACGCUCGUCAGAAAGCACGGAAGAGCUAUGAGAACCAAGCAGAAGCUAAAGAUAAUGAAAAAAGAGAACUCACCAAUGAGCGGUAUAUCAGAACAAGCAACAUGCAGUACCAGUGUAAAAAGUGCAAUGUGGUUUUUCCCAGAAUCUUUGACUUGAUCACACAUCAGAAAAAGCAGUGUUAUAAGGAUGAAGAUGAUGAUGCCCAAGAUGAAAGCCAAACAGAAGACUCCAUGGAUGCUACUGACCAAGUGGUAUAUAAGCAUUGCACUGCAUCUGGACAAACAGAUACAGCCAAAAACAUUGCAGCCCCCACCGCCAGUUCAGGCUCUGGGGCUAGCACACCCCUGAUUCCAUCGCCCAAGCCAGAACCUGAGAAGAGUUCUCCAAAACCUGAGUAUCCUGCAGAAAAAACAAAGCAGACCGAUCCCUCUCCUCCUUCUCAAGUCACCAAGUCAGCUCCCCCAUCAGUACAGACUUCUUCAGAACCACAACAGGCACCCAUAUCUCAGCCCCCACCACAGCCACAGAAACAAACCCAACUGAUCGGAAGACCUCCCUCGGCUUCUCAAACUCCAAUCCCUUCCAGUCCACUGCAAAUUUCCAUGACUUCUCUUCAGAACACACUACCUCCGCAGUUACUCCAGUACCCAUGUGAUCAAUGUACCAUUGCCUUCCCAACCCUGGAACUUUGGAAGGAACACCAACACAUGCACUUCCUUGCUGCUCAAAACCAAUUCCUCCACUCUCCUUUCUUGGAAAGGCCCAUGGACAUGCCCUACAUGAUAUUUGACCCCAACAAUCCGCUGAUGACCGGACAGCUGCUGGGGAGCUCUCUCACACAAAUGCCACCACAGACUAGUACUUCCCACACCGCAGCCCCCGCCAGUGUUGCUGCUUCCCUUAAAAGGAAAUUAGACGAUAAGGAAGACAAUAAUUGUAGUGAAAAGGAGGGUGGGAAUAGCGGCGAAGACCAACACCGCGAUAAACGCUUGAGAACCACCAUCACUCCGGAGCAGCUAGAAAUUCUCUACGAAAAGUACUUGCUGGAUUCCAACCCUACACGAAAAAUGCUUGAUCACAUUGCACGAGAAGUAGGGCUGAAGAAGAGAGUGGUCCAAGUCUGGUUCCAGAACACGCGUGCUCGAGAAAGGAAAGGGCAGUUCCGGGCGGUGGGUCCUGCCCAGUCCCAUAAACGGUGCCCAUUCUGCAGAGCUCUAUUUAAAGCAAAGUCAGCCUUAGAAAGCCACAUUCGCUCUCGCCACUGGAACGAAGGGAAGCAGGCAGGUUACAGCUUGCCACCAAGCCCUUUAAUAUCCACAGAGGAUGGGGGAGAAAGCCCACAGAAAUACAUUUAUUUUGAUUACCCAUCUUUGCCAUUAACUAAAAUCGAUCUAUCUAGUGAGAAUGAAUUGGCCUCAACAGUGUCAACGCCUGUUAGUAAAACAGCAGAGCUGUCUCCGAAGAAUCUUUUAAGUCCUUCUUCUUUCAAAGCGGAAUGUCCUGAGGAUGUUGAGAAUUUAAAUGCCCCUUCAGCUGAGGCUGGGUAUGAUCAGAAUAAAACCGACUUUGAUGAGACAUCGUCCAUUAAUACGGCUAUUAGUGAUGCCACCACAGGAGAUGAAGGGGCAGCAGAAAUGGAAAACCCAGGAGGAUCUGCCGAGGUGAAACCUGCUUUGUCUCCGAAAGAAACCAAAACUCUCGACUCUUUGCCAAAAGCAGCAACCACACCCACCACUGAGGUCUGUGAUGACAAAUUUCUCUUUUCUCUCACGAGUCCAUCGAUCCAUUUCAGUGACAAAGAUGGUGACCAUGACCAAAGCUUUUACAUCACCGACGACCCUGAUGACAAUGCUGACCGCAGUGAAACGUCUAGCAUAGCUGACCCCAGCUCACCAAAUCCAUUUGGGUCUAGCAACCCCUUUAAAUCCAAAAGCAGUGAUCGACCAGGUCACAAGCGCUUUAGAACCCAGAUGAGCAAUCUUCAACUCAAGGUCCUCAAGGCUUGCUUCAGCGACUAUCGGACGCCAACCAUGCAAGAAUGUGAAAUGCUGGGAAAUGAGAUCGGUCUGCCCAAACGCGUGGUGCAGGUGUGGUUUCAGAAUGCCAGGGCAAAGGAAAAGAAGUUUAAAAUCAACAUAGGAAAGCCUUUCAUGAUCAAUCAAAGUGGAACGGAAGGCACCAAACCGGAGUGUACCCUCUGUGGUGUGAAGUACUCUGCCCGCUUGUCCAUUCGAGACCAUAUUUUCUCCAAACAGCACAUUUCCAAAGUGAGGGAGACCGUGGGCAGUCAGCUUGAUCGGGAGAAAGAUUACCUAGCUCCUACCACCGUUCGACAGCUAAUGGCCCAGCAAGAACUAGACCGUAUAAAGAAAGCUUCCGACGUGCUGGGCC